CGAGAAAGCUCCUGGCAUUGAAGGUAAGCGCUUUUGACUAUCACAGUUGGCACACCUCACUGCGCUUGUCAGAUGCCACUGAAAUCACAUACCCAGACCCAGCCCAUCCUGAGUAUGCACGACAGCUCGCGUCCGCUGCAGCAGGCGGACUGCUGGACUUGGCCCCAGACAUUCCCAGCGUCCAUAUCCCACCGGACAACGUUCUCAAGCUGCAAGUCAGAUUCGGGCAGAUGAGGGCCGCCACUACAGCUGCUGGCACCACUGGCAGCCAGCACCGCACCACUGUAUCCGAUGCUCGUGCAUCCCAGUCGUGCACUGCGGCAGCGUGGCUUGCUGACAGGGUGCAGGAGGAGCCUGGGUAUGCUGCCUUCAAGUCUGGCCAGCACCACGUCCAGUCGAACGCGGCCGUCGUGGCAUCGUGGCAGUUUGCGGUACGAUUCUGCGAGAGGUACAGCCAGAAGCCAUGUCCAGGUGAACCAAGUGACCGCCGGUCUCAGAGCAUUGUCAGAGGGCCGCGCAUCAAGAAAAAAGAGGUACAGGAUGCCCUUGGGGUGGGGUCAACAUGGAUGACAGAGGCGCAGCAGGCGGUGCGCAUCUUGCGGCAAUAUGGUGAAGGGGGGACCUCACCCAGGCAGGCUGUGAUAGCCAAGUGUGCCUCAAUCAGCGAGAAGGCUGGUGCACGAGAUCUUCUGGCUUAUUUGCGUACACAGUGUAACUGACUUAAUGUGAAUUUACCUUUUCUCUGGC